GUAUGAGCGGUGGCGGCGUGCUACAUUUUCAGACGAAUAAAUUAAUGUCAUAAUUUAGAGGUUAUGUCGGAAGAAUAACAUUGUUUUGAAGAAAAUUAAGAUUUAAAAGUACGUAAAAUAGAUUUUUAGUUACGUUAUAGUACUUAAUCUGUGAACCUUUGAUACCUUUAUUUGUUUUUGUGGUAGAUUAACGUACAAUGAAUAAUUUUAUGAUUGCCCUUUAUGGAACCAAAAUGGCGCUAUGAAAAUUACGAGCAGUAAACACAGCUCACGUUAAAAUCUGACACGCUUCUUACGACUGAUAAUUUUAAUUAAAGAGAUAGUGAUUCUUCUGGUAAAGUGGAUGUAUUAACCUCGUGUUCAUUACUAUUAACCUAUGCUUAGUGAGAUAUGAAGGAAGUGAUACUUGCCCUUGUAACCUUCGCUGGUACAUUGUGUGGAAGUGUUGUUUAUCGAAGUUCAGAUUUGUGCGUGAGCUGCUAGGUGGUAUGUCAGAUAGCCCACCAGCAUCUGAAGUCAGACAGCCAACUAAAUCAAGGAAAACUCGAAGGGAAUAAUUGAUUAUAAUAAACUAAAAUGAAUAUUCGGUGUGCGAGGCCUAGUGACCUGAUGAAUAUGCAGCACUGCAAUCUGCUGUGCCUGCCAGAGAACUACCAGAUGAAGUACUACUUCUACCAUGGCUUGUCAUGGCCACAACUCAGUUAUGUUGCUGAGGAUGAAAAGGGACAUAUUGUUGGCUAUGUGUUAGCCAAAAUGGAAGAAGAUGGCGAGGACAACCGCCAUGGUCACAUUACCUCCCUUGCUGUAAAGAGGUCGCACCGACGUCUGGGACUCGCUCAGAAACUUAUGAAUCAAGCUUCACUUGCUAUGGUGGAAUGUUUCAAGGCUAAAUAUGUAUCUCUACACGUCAGGAAAAGCAACAGAGCAGCACUCAACUUGUACACUAACAGUCUUGGAUUCAAGAUACUUGAGAUUGAGCCUAAAUAUUAUGCAGAUGGCGAAGAUGCUUACUCCAUGAUGCGUGAUCUAAGCGCCUUUGCUGCAGAAAACAAGACAGAGCCUCAGCCGACCGAAAACUUAGAAAUUAAAUCAGAAUCUGCAAUUAUAUCACAGUGCUGAUUAUUAUAUAUGUAAAUAAAGCAUUUAACUCUAAUUUUA